AUGUCGGGAGAAUAUAACGGGUGCGGUAACGUUUCCCAGCCGAGUUCAGAAAUUUUUUCUCGGGUCACUUUUGCGGUAUGAGGCUUGAUCAAAGAAGCCUGUUUGUACUCGUUGAAGCCGCCCACAAUACAAGUUAGCAGUGACGGUUUUCCAAAAACUUAUAAUGGACAAUUCCAGUUGUUGUCCAUCAAACACACAACAAAACUUUGUUUAGGUGCAAGGAAGCCUUGGGCGUGUCUGGUAUCGAAUCAGUACCAAUGCUACGAACGCUUAGAAUUCGAAUACAAGAUCCAUUUUUCGUCGCCUGUUAAUAACCGAUUAAGGAAUGGUUCAUUAGCGUUGCGUGUAAUGUUUGCUGAACAAAUGGUAAGAUGACUCAAUUUCUGAUGGAGAUGCAAACGAUUUGUUUCAGGACUCACUCUGAACAUUUCUACAAGUUCUUGUCACGUUGUCCUGGAAUUUGCGUCCACAACCUGUCGAAGAUCCUCGUUGUUCAUGAUUUUUGGUCUCCUUGAGCGCG